AGAGAGAGAGAGAGAGAGAGAGACUCUUGAAAGAGGUAAAUUUUAACACUAACUCCACUGGGACAAGAGGCUUCUCCUGCCCAGGCUUCUUGAGAGACACUUUUUUUUUUGCCUGUUAAAGAAAAAAAGGAAAAGAAAAGGGUCAAGAAGAAAAACCCUACUCUCCAAAAUGGGAGGUCAGUCCAUGCUGACUCUUGCCAUCCUCUCUGUGCUGCUUUGCCAGUGCCAGGUGCGGUGCUCCGGGGUGUUCGAGCUGAAGCUGCAGGAGUUUGUCAAUAAGAAGGGGCUGCUGGGGAAUCGCAACUGCUGCCGCGCGGGGAGCGGCGGCCCCGGCGCCGGGUUGCAGCAGUGCGACUGCAAGACCUUCUUCCGCGUGUGCCUCAAGCACUAUCAGGCCAGCGUGUCCCCCGAGCCGCCCUGCACCUACGGCAGCGCCAUCACUCCGGUGCUGGGAGCCAACUCCUUCAGCGUGCCCGACAGCGCCGGCGGCGCCGAGCCCGCCUUCAGCAACCCCAUCCGCUUCCCCUUCGGCUUCACCUGGCCCGGCACUUUCUCUCUCAUCAUUGAAGCUCUUCAUACAGAUUCUCCCGAUGACCUCAACACAGAGAACCCAGAGCGCCUUAUCAGUCGUCUGGCCACACAGAGGCAUUUGACAGUGGGGGAGGAGUGGUCCCAGGACCUGCACAGCAGUAGCCGCACUGACCUCAAGUACUCCUACCGCUUUGUGUGUGAUGAACACUACUAUGGAGAGGGCUGCUCUGUCUUCUGCCGGCCCAGGGAUGAUGCCUUUGGCCACUUCACUUGCGGAGAGCGUGGAGAGAAGGUCUGCAACCCAGGCUGGAAGGGACAGUACUGCACCGAACCAAUUUGCUUGCCUGGAUGUGAUGAACAACAUGGGUUUUGUGACAAACCUGGAGAAUGCAAAUGUAGGGUUGGGUGGCAAGGGCGUUAUUGUGAUGAGUGCAUCCGAUACCCAGGUUGCCUUCAUGGUACCUGUCAACAACCGUGGCAAUGCAACUGUCAGGAAGGCUGGGGUGGCCUUUUCUGUAACCAAGAUCUUAAUUACUGUACCCAUCAUAAGCCUUGCAAGAAUGGUGCCACUUGCACCAAUACUGGCCAGGGAAGCUACACUUGUUCUUGCCGUCCUGGGUACACUGGUUCCAACUGUGAGAUUGAAAUCAACGAAUGUGAUGCCAACCCCUGCAAGAAUGGUGGAAGCUGCACCGAUCUUGAAAACAGCUAUUCCUGUACCUGUCCACCUGGCUUCUAUGGUAAAAACUGUGAGCUGAGUGCUAUGACUUGCGCUGAUGGCCCAUGCUUCAAUGGAGGGCGAUGCACAGACAACCCUGAUGGUGGAUACAGCUGUCGCUGCCCAUUGGGUUACUCUGGGUUUAACUGUGAAAAGAAAAUUGAUUAUUGCAGCUCCAGUCCUUGUGCUAAUGGAGCCCAGUGUGUUGAUCUUGGAAAUUCCUACAUAUGCCAAUGCCAGGCUGGUUUUACUGGAAGACACUGUGAUGAUAAUUUGGAUGACUGUGCCUCCUUUCCUUGUUUGAAUGGUGGAACCUGCCAAGAUGGAAUUAAUGACUAUUCUUGCACCUGCCCCCCAGGAUACAAUGGAAAGAACUGUAGUGCUCCAGUCAGCAAAUGUGAACACAACCCUUGUCACAAUGGGGCUACUUGCCAUGAAAGAAACAACCGUUAUGUGUGUGAGUGUGCUCGGGGAUAUGGUGGACUCAACUGCCAGUUUUUGCUCCCUGAACAGCCUCAGGGACCUGUAAUUGUUGACUUCACUGAGAAGUACACUGAAGGUCAGAAUGCACAGUUUCCUUGGAUUGCAGUAUGUGCUGGGAUUAUUCUGGUCCUGAUGCUAUUGCUGGGGUGCGCUGCUAUUGUUGUCUGUGUCAGACUCAAAAUGCAAAAGAGGCACCAUCAGCCUGAUGCAUGCAGGAGUGAAACAGAGACCAUGAACAACUUGGCCAACUGCCAACGCGAAAAGGACAUUUCAAUAAGUGUCAUUGGUGCCACUCAGAUUAAAAACACAAAUAAGAAAGUAGACUUUCACAGUGAUAACUCUGAUAAAAAUGGCUACAAAGUUAGAUACCCAUCAGUGGAUUACAAUUUGGUGCAUGAACUUAAGAAUGAGGACUCUGUUAAAGAGGAACACAGCAAAUGCGAAGCCAAGUGUGAAACAUACGAUUCAGAGGCAGAGGAGAAAAGUGCAGUGCCACUAAAGAGUGAUACUUCUGAAAGAAAACGACCAGAAUCAGUAUAUUCCACUUCAAAGGACACAAAGUACCAGUCGGUGUAUGUCAUAUCAGAAGAGAAAGAUGAAUGCAUCAUAGCAACUGAGGUGUAAAAUGGAAGUGAUAUGGCAAAGUUGUUGUUCAAACAAUUUCAAAGGAGAUAUGCCCCAAUGAAUGCUGCUGAAAGAGGAAAGGGAGAUAGAUUCCUUCACUGACUGCUGCUGAGAAACUAAAUUCAGGCUGAGCUGGUUCUCUACUGAAGUUAGCAAAGUGACUGCAAAAAAACAAGAUGGACACUAGGCAAGGAUCUGUGUUCAAGAAUAACUGUUGCACUGCCUUUAUGAAUUUUAUCAUUGCACUAUGGUCAGUUGCUUUUCUAUAUAUAUUUAAAUGAAGGGACUUAAUUACUACAUAAGAAGCAUGCACUGCGUAAAGUGUAUAUUUUGGAUUCUUACGAGCCAGUCUUUUCUUGAAUUAGAGACACAAACACUGCCUUUAAUGUCUUUUUUGAUACUAAAAUGUGUUUUUACUAGGUGAAAAAAAGUGUGUUAUUUUUUUGAAUCUGUAAAAAUAUUUUCAUGAUAAUUGUAAAGCUUGAGUAUUUUGUGAUGUUCAUUUUUUUAUAAUUUAAUUUUUUUGGUAAAUAUGUACAAAGGCACUUCGGGUCUAUGUGACUAUAUUUUUUGUAUAUAAAUGUAUUUAUGGAAUAUUGUGCAAAUGUUAUUUGAGU